AUGGCAGGUUUAGUCUUCACUCGCCCUAGCCCCAACUGCCUCCACCCGCCCACCACGCCAAGGCCCACGAUGGCGACCACGACCGGCACGACCAGCACAGCCACCACGAUCUGCACGACCCGCACGACGGCCACAACCAGCGCGCCGGCCAUAACCAGCACGAAGGCCACGACCAACAUGCCCACGGCCACUGCCCCUCGCAAGAAGAACCUGACGGAGCAGCAGCGCCACCAAAUACUGUGGCUCCUGGCUCGGGACUCCACCGGAGGCAACUCUCGCCACGGAGCCAUAGGUGCUGCCGCCGACCAGUUCGAGGUACAGCCCCGUACGGUGUCACGGAUCUGGCAGCGUGCUGUGGCAUCCGCUGCGGCUACUGGUGUUUUACAGGUGCCAUCUCGUAAGUGCGCCACUGGGCGUAAGAAGAAGGACUAUGGUGCUGCGCUCGAGCGGCUCCGUGAGGCCGCCCCUGAAAUGAGGUCUACUUCGCUGGGGUACCAUCCGCUACGCUGCACCAUCGGCAUUGCACAAGGUGGGCAAGAGAUUAUCGCCGAUCAGGCUGGUUCAUAG